AAUCAUUGUUUGCCGUACACUGUCACUGUCAUUGACCGCUUUUAUCAUUAUUUAUGUUCGAUUUAACUGUCAGAAAAAUACCUAAUAACAACUUUAAGCAUAGUUACUAGUCACCACUACUGUAUUUUUGGACCUUUAAAGUUGAGCAGUUUAAGAAAAGUGAACAUCAUUAAGUGAUCAAAAUUCUAUCAACAGCAAAAUACUAAUGAUAUUUACAAAACAAAUCAGGACCAACUUAAAAAUAGUAACAACUCCUUUAAGAUACAUCAUGGAUAAUUCAAGUUCAGAUCAAAUUAAAUAUAUAAAGGAUUGUAUACCAAAAUUGGAUGGAACUACUCAUAAAGGUCAAGCAGGAAGAAUAGGGGUUGUAGGAGGAUCCUUAGAAUACACAGGUGCUCCAUACUUCGCGGGAAUAAGUGCUUUAAAAGUUGGGGCUGAUUUAGUACACAUUUUCUGCACAUCAGUGGCGGCUAAUGUAAUAAAGGCCUAUAGCCCUGAAUUAAUUGUGCAUCCCUUACUUGAUUGUCAAAACGCUAUUGAAGAAAUAUCACCAUGGUUGGAAAGGCUACAUGCAAUAGUAAUUGGUCCUGGAUUGGGAAGAGCACCAGAAACAUUCAAUGUUGUUUCUGAUUUAAUUAACAGAAUUAGGGAAUCUAAAAUACCUUUGAUUAUUGAUGCUGAUGGACUAUUUCUUAUAACAGAAAAACCUGACUUGAUUAAUAAUUUCUCAUCUCCAGUUAUUUUAACUCCUAACAAAAUAGAAUUCACAAGACUCAGCACAAAGUUUAAUUGCCCUGAAGCAUUAAAUCAGAAGUUUGGGAGAAACAUAACUAUAGUGAAAAAAGGACCAAUAGAUGAAAUAUACAGUAUGAAUCCUACAGUAGUAUGGAGUGUAGGAACAGGAGGAUCCGGACGUAGAUGUGGUGGUCAAGGAGACAUUUUAUCAGGAUCCAUUGCAACAUUUUUAAAUUGGACUAUAAACAACAUAGAUAAAGCUGAAUUUAAAACAGAUGGUAAAGAUUUAGCUGUUGCAUCACUAGCAUGCUAUGCAGCCUGUUUAUUAGUAAGAAAAUGUAAUGAAAAGGCUUUUCAAGUUAAAGGUCGUAGUAUGUUAGCCACAGAUAUGAUUGACUAUAUUCAUGAAGCAUUUGAGGAACUAUUUGGUCAAUGAAAUUAAUUUAUUUUUUAUGUGAGUAAGUAGUGUAUUGUUAUUUAUAUAAUUUCUUGAACAACAAUAAAUAAACAUAUUUAAGCAUUCUUAAGUACCUACACAUAUGUAUACUAUUAUAUUACUCAAUCUCUGUAAUCCCUGUACUCUUCUUAAUGGGAAAAUUUAAAUGGUGCUAAAUAAUUACAGUGGUUGAAAAAUAGAUGAUAUCAAUUAUAUAUAUUGCGCUAUUUUGGUAUAGCUUUUAUAAUAUUACUAUAUUU